CCGGGUCAAGUUUUUUUUGACUUUUGGUCGACAUUAUUUUAUUUUUAUAAGUCCUCUCUCACGAAACCAGUUAAUUAUUGGUGCGUCUCUCGAAUUAGGGUUCUAGGAUCUCUGCUCUUAAAACUCUUAUCGCCGCUAAAACUCUCUACCCAUCGCAGAGCCUCUCUAAAGAAUGGAUUCUCAGAUCAAGCACGCUGUUGUAGUGAAAGUGAUGGGAAGGACUGGAUCAAGGGGUCAAGUGACUCAGGUUAGAGUGAAGUUCACUGACUCGGACCGUUACAUCAUGAGGAACGUUAAAGGACCUGUCAGAGAGGGAGAUAUUCUCACCUUGCUGGAGUCCGAGAGAGAAGCUAGAAGACUUCGUUGAUUCUCUUUGCAAAUUGUUUUUGGUUGCUUUGAAGAACAAAUGUUAUAUCGUUUGGAUAAUUAAAUUCUUAUUAUGAUGUUAAAAAAUUUAAUUAUCAAAGAUUGAUGCUUUAGACUCUAAAUCUAUAAUAUAUUAAAAAUCAUUUCUUUAUCUUCACUUUGUUUUUUUUUU